UGAGCAAAACGCUAUAUUACGUAGGCACGUCGAAAAGUGUGGCUGUGAAAUGAAACCUUCAUUUUUGCCCUUGGCGAGGAGGAAAUGGACUUCAUGGGCGGGAAAAUGGAAUUGUUUUGUUUUGGCCACGGAUUUUAGAGAAUAAAAAACAAAAAAAAACAAACACGCGUGGGGGAGAUUUUGCUCUAAGGAAACAAAAACAAAUAAAUAUCCACGCAAGGACAAUGCGCGUCCAGGAAACGAGUGUGUUUGUGUGUUUACGUAGGCUUGGCUUCGGGUCAUUUGUUAGCUAGAGCUGUUAGCUUUGUUUGUGGUUCCAACUUCCGGUGUAACGUUCGCCUGAGUUUAAAAUACGGGGGCAGGUUUUAAAACAAUUCCGUCUGCAGACACCAGACUGACACCGGAGCUCAUCAUUCAGUGAAUCUGGCAGAUAGUUUAACGCAGAGAAAGAACAAUAAAAUAAAGAUCAACGCUAGCUAAGGAACUCUUAGCUCCCCUCCUGAACUGUAAUGAAACACCAGAGCUUUCCCACAUCUACAAAACCAAAAUUUCAAGAUCCAAACCCAGACAAUGACGAGCGCCGAAUAGCUCCAUCUAUCAAGAAACAUCAUCCAGCGUGCGAGCCUGUUCGCAAGAAGCCCCUGGCUGGGCGCAUCUUCUAUUUGGAUCUGCCGUGUAAUAGACGCAGCGAGGCUUUGGAGACUGAUAUCAAGAGCCUUGGAGGAACAGUGGAAAAGUUCUUCAGUAAAGAGAUUAGAUAUUUGGUGUCCAGUAAACCCGAAGCUCGGCAUGUACAGAAGCUCAUUCAAGACUCCCCGGUUCCGAGUCCAGACUCUGGCCUCAGCUCCCCUCAUCCUGGCAGCAGGAGGGAUAGUCAUGGCCAUCGAGGCAGCUCACAGGGAACCGCUGACACCGUCGUCGUAAGCCGAGGGAAAUCCUUAGUGGAGAAAGUCGUUAAGGAGCAAGAGCGGAUUCAGAUAAACCGAAUCCUGUCCAAUGCACUUGAAUGGGGUGUAAAAAUCCUCUACAUCGAUGAUGUAAUUUCUUAUAUUGAAAAGAAAAAGAGCACACUUGCCAAAGUCAGAGCAGCAAGUCACUCGGUCACUCAGAAGAAAGCUGCCAGACCCGAGUCCACAGAUGGGACGGCUUCUCGGAAAAGCAAAUCUGGACGAAUCGGUCGCCCCUUCGUUAAAGUGGAGGACUCGAGCAGACACUACCGUCCCCUCUAUCUCCCCAUGGCCAACCUUCCUGUGUGUAACCUCAGAUCUGCUGCCCCCUGCAGUCCGUUCUUGGAACAAAACGACAAAGAUGACCCUGGGAAAAAGACUAAAGUGUGCGGGUCUGGAGGAGAUCGCAGAGAGAAGAGCAGGAAAGACCGACACCGAGGCCGUGAGGGCAAGGGCCGAAGGAAAGGGGGCUACUGCGAAUGCUGCGGUGUCAAAUACGACAACCUGAAAGCUCACCUGCAGAAUGAGCAGCAUCAGGCUUUCUCUAAAAGUGAGGAGUACCUGGUAGUGGACCAAGUUAUCUCAGGACUCACCUGUGAUUUUGUACACAUCAGCCCCCAAGUAAAAAGGGUGAAGUGCAGCGUCACCUCGCCGCUCAUCGUCCCUGGACCAGCUGUAAGGAAGGACGGAGUAAUGGGUGUCGAAGAGGAGGCCGUGACCGACGAGAUCCCGCUCUGGGGUUCUCACAACACGGAUCGAUCAAUCCGCAAGCGCUCCAGAGAAAGUCCUAAAGGAGAAUCAGCAGGACAAUCUGACAUUUUUCAGAAAUCCCAGUCAAAGCGUGGAUCAUUCGAAUGGGAAUCCAGUUCUAAUGCUGCUUUGCACAAGGCUUUGAGUACGUCUUUGUGUAAAACUAGACAAGACUGUCUUUCCGAUUGUCUGGAGACGACCAGGACCUCAUUUCAUGCUUGUUUAGAAGGAAGGACUUCACAAAGCACGCAGAAUGUUCGACUAUCAGAUCCUGCAGGUUUCAGGACGAGACACGUUUCACUUGGUGCAGGGAACGCUCAUGCGCUGUCUGAGCCGUCUGCAGUGUCGAACUUUCACACUGCGCCAAAGUUACUUUCAGAUGUUGCAGAAAGUACAACCGAGAGACCUUUCUGUAAUUCAGGCAAGACGCCUGACGUUACACAUCAUGGACCUGUCGCAGAGGAAAUGUCUUCUUCCAGCACAGAUACUCCGUCUGGAGUCCUGCAAAGGAAAGUACGGCCGUUGAGGCGGAGGAGAACCGCACCAUCUCAGCCCCUGUGUGGCUUUUCGGGUAAACCUGUACAAUCCCAGACUCUUCGGUGUCUCAGAAACGUUUCCGAGUCUAACAGACUCUCAGCAUCAGCCCUGGACUUAUGGCAGCUCUUCCAGUCCAGUGACGACAUGGAGGAGGAUUUUAAGGGUUUCUACCAUUAGUAGAAAAAGGACUUUAAUUUUGAAAUGGACAUUGGUGUUUGUGUGGGUACCAAAUGAGCAAAUAUUUUCUCUCAGAGAUUCAUAAAUUCAUAAUUCAUUCAUAAAUAAAUAAACUGUAGUUGAUGAGCUACAGAUUUAAUUAUUAAAAAAAGGAAAAUAUUAUAUAAAGCUACAAACAUAAACCCUUCAAAAAAUAUAUACAGAGCGAGAUCAUUAUUUCGAAGUCUUUAGCAUGAAAUAAACUGCAUUGUAAACAAAUGUAUUUAGAGUAAACAAUAUGGAACUUGCCUUACAAAUGAACUUCAUCGUUGAUGACAAGUUUCACUAUUAAACUAUUUUCAGACGUAGAAACUGACUGAUUUGUACAUGUAUUUCUGACUUAUUGAUAAUUCUGUUUUGUUCAGAUUUUAAAGAAAUGC